AACGCCCCAAUCGACAGACCUCGUGUUUUACCCAGACUGACCAAGGUGGUAACUCUGGAAACCGUAACGCGUUGUUGGCAGUGUAAACACUGUAAGAACAUACCGUGGCAAAGGAACUCCAACAGACAUUCUCAAAUGACAACGGUCUUACGUGUGGUUUAAACAUCAAGUGUAGUCUGUAAGAACAGCCUACUACAGCGGAUAUUCUUCACUUUAAUCCUUCUUAGUGUUGUUUUUGUCACAGCAUGUGGCGAAAUCCGGCAGAGGACUUCACUAAAGUUGGUGUGAGAUACUUUUCCCGCCACAAAGGGGAGGUGAACUGCUGCGUUUUUUCUCCAGACUGUCAGAUUCUACUCACCUGUUCAGAUGACUGCAGGCUCCACUUGUGGAAUGCAAAGACCGGGCAGCUCUUGGCCAAAGCAAGCGGACACGAAGGUCCCGUGAAAUCGUGUGUUUUCUCGGCCGACUGUGUACUGUUUGCAAGUGCAUCCCACGACUGUUCCGUGCGAAUCUGGCUCACCGCUACUGCCCAAUGCGCACGCGUACUAACAGGCCACAGAAGGAGCGUUGAGACCGUCAGCUUCAGUCCCGAUGGCAAGCGGCUGAUUUCCGGGGGCUGGGAUAAAGACGCAAUUCUCUGGGAUGUGCAAAGCGGAGAAAUUGCGCAGAUUUUCGCGGGACAUACGGAUGCCAUUCAAAGCAGCGCGUUCUCCAAGGACUCACGGCUCGCGGCCACAGGUUCCUGGGACUACACAGUGAAGGUGUGGAAUCUGCACACUGAAGAGCGGGAGAUUACUCUAAAAGGGCACAGAGGAAAUGUCGUCAGCUUGUGCUUCUCUGCCUCCGGAAUGCUGGCCUCGGGGUCCUGGGACGGGACGGUUCGCGUGUGGCUUCCCCGGACAGCGGCGGCCAUCUUUGUCUUGGAGUGUCACAGGGCGUGGCUGAGGGGCGUGGCCUUCUCCCGGGACGGCCUGGUGCUCGCGUCAGCCGGCGAGAACGACAUGGUGAGAAUUUGGGACAUGUCCAAUGGAAAAUGCAUCAAGCGUUUGCAGGCUCAAAAAGACGCCACCCUCAGCUGCACUUUCGCCCCCAGUGGAGCUCUUCUGACGGCUGGAUCAGUGGACCCCUCCCAGGAACCAGAACUGUGGCACUGGGACUACUGAAGCACUGAUGACAUCACCGUUAUCCCUGGCUCACAGCUGGACAAAAUGGGGGACAGGGGAGAAGAGACUAAAAACACCCCACUGAAAGAUCAGGGUAUAGAACCAGCUAGCCAGACUGCCUGGACUAUAGACUUCCAGUAACAAAGACACA